UAUAGAAUGAAAGAUAACAGAUUGCUAAAGUUAGUUACUGUGGCGCCACAGAAAUUUUCUCAAACAUCACCACUCACAAACCAUGGCUGCAGUAGCUCAAGUCACUGCUUCUCUUUCCCUCUCCAUUCGCGAUGCUAGUGCUGUUGGCUCAUCAAGAACCCACCUUCCCAUUUCUCGAUUGCCCACUUUUACUUUUGCACGAAAUGGGACUACUUUCGCUACUGGGUCUCCAUUUUUGAUAUCAAGAACUUCUCAUCAGAAAAAGGCUGCUGGGAGAGCAACGUUUGUUUCUGUAAGAUGUGAGCAAAAUACCCAGGAUGGCAGCAGUGUGGAUGUAUGGAUUGGACGGCUUGCAAUGGUUGCCUUUGCUGGGGCCAUCAGUGUUGAAAUAGCUACGGGCAAAGGACUUUUGGAGAAUUUUGGACUCACAAACCCAUUGCCUACAGUGGCCUUGGCAGUAACUGGAUUGAUGGGUGUUUUGGCAGCUGUGUUUAUCUUCCAAUCGGCAUCUAAGAAUUGAUUACACUUAAAGGUUGUGUUUUGUGAUCGUAAAGCUUGUAUUCUGAAGAUAUUAAAAGUCACACUUUUUGUUCAGGUUAUAUAAUGCGGCAAUAUUUGAGAAUGUAAAAGUCAUGUCGAUCUUUAUUUAUUCAAAGCAUUUCCUCCGA